AUGAAACCUGUGUGGAGAUUGAUAGUAAUUCUCUUUUAGACCAAUGGAUUAGGGUUUUCAAUUUAUUACUAUUUAAAAUCAUUGGAAAAUACCAAUUUGGCAUAUCUAGUCAUCUAAGCUCUUUCGUCUCUAUUAUUAUUUUUUUUUUAGACCAAAAAUAAACCAACCCUAUUCAUUGGAAGCCUGAUAUUGAUUCAACUGAGUUUAUGCUUAUUUCUAAUUCAAAAUGAAAGUAACUCUCAAAUUGAAUGUACUGCGUAUGUUGUCAUUUUGCAUUUUAUCACAACACAACUAAUUGAGGAUUUGUUAAGAUUUCAAAAAUAGUUGUUUCGAUGUAGAUUAUUUUGGCUAGUUUUGUUGCUUUAAUCAACUUGUUUGUAGAUCUUUUACAUAUAUUAAGCUUAAUAAAUUGACAUAUCCUUUUAUUAAUGCAUAAUUUAUUUGCUCUUCUCCUUGUUUAUCAAUUUGGCCAACGGAAUGUAAAAAGUGAUUAUUCCAAAAAACAAAUUAAGUGUUUAGCAACACAACCAGAAGAUAGAUUAUAUAAUCACUAGGAAGGACAGGGCAUCUUCAUUGUCUGAUACAGAUAAGCUGUCCCCAAAGAGUAAAGAAUUUCCGUUCUAUCAUUUUCUGCUGCCAGAUUACUCUUUUCAAAAACACGUUUUAAACACAAACAUACUAGACGUAAUGAUGGAAUUUACACAUGAAGGAUUAGUAGUUUUGAGAUUAAACUAAUUGAAUUAGGAGAUGGAGAUAGUAUUUUCAAAUAUAGCAUCAAAAACAUUGUUUUCAGUUAACUCAGCAAAAGAAAUUCUUGACAUUUUUAAUUCUUUAAACAACAUAUAAUAUUAAUAGCAUGAUUCCUAAGAUGACAAUUUUUUACAAAUUAAUCAAUAAAAAUAAUUAUGCAAAAGUAUGGCUUAUUUAAAGAAUGAACAGAUAAAUCAAUCCAUCAAUCCUCAUUACUAAAUUCUUUUAGAAUUGAAUCAAGAAAAAAAAGUAGUUAACUAAUUUAAAGAAAUUUUUAGUAAAUUUAAAUAAAAUAGUCUUUAGAACGAAUUUUUUACAUUACAAACAUUUUACCCUAAUAAUAUUGUAGCAAUGUCUUAAAAUGAAAGAAAAUCAGAGAGAAUGUUGGAACUUACUAUAACCAAAAGGGAGAACAAUCUAUUCUUUAUUUUGAUUAGAGAUAUUACACAUAAAUAAAAAAUCAAAUAUUUGAGAGAAUAUGAUCUAUAAAAAUCAAAAAUGCUAUCCUAUGUAAGUCAUGAAUACAGAUCUCCUCUGAAUUGCAUCAUUUAGAUGAUUGAAAAUGUACUGCACACUAAUUAAUUAACGAUAGAUAAUUCUGAGAUGCUUCAAGCGGCUUUAGAUAAUUCAUAUUAUAUUUUAAAUUUAUCAAAUGAUUUGCUAGACUUGGCUUAAAUUAAAAAUGGUAAAUUUACAAUUCAAUAAACAAGAUUCAAUUUAUAAUUACUGAUUAAAGAGUGUUUGAAGUUAUUUGCAUUGAAGGCUAAGAUAUUAAAUUUAAACCUAUCCUACAUUUAUGAUAAUUAAGCUCCCUCACUAGUUUUUAGUGAUAGGAAUAGAAUUAAAUAAAUUUUGGUCAAUUUAUUGAGCAAUAGCUUUAAAUUUGCAUCCAAUAAAAUUACCAUACUUGUCUCUUCUAUAGAUAACACAACAAUCAGAAUAGGUGUGCAAGAUGAUGGAAUUGGUAUCUCUAAUGAAGAUUAAAAAAAGUUAUUCAAGUAAUUUUCCAAAGUAAAUUCCGAAGAAAGUAGAAAGAGGAAUGAGAAUGGAGUGGGAUUAGGUUUGGUUAUCAGUAAUCAGAUAGCAAGUUCUAUAGGUUGUGGUGGUCUAUAGAUAGAUUCAAAGUUAAAUUAAGGUACUUAUUUUUUUUUCAACUUGUAAAUCUAAUAAACUAGACUGAAAAGAGUGUCAAAUUUUCGCAUUAAAGAAAAUCAAGGUUAAUCCUAAGAUGUUGAUGAAGGGAUGACAUUUUUGUUGGAACCUCCAAAAUCAAUUGACUUAGAACCUCCUCUUACUAGAUGUCCUCAUAUUUUAAUAGUUGAUGAUGAGAUUUUUAAUGUUUUUACAUUCACUAAAUUAUUGAAUAAAAAGUAAAUAUUGAUAUUGAUAGUUAGAAACAUUCUAGACAUAGAUUCGGCAUCAAAUGGUAGUGAAUGCAUUGAAAAAUUGAGAAAAAAAAAAUGUUGUUAAACAUGCAGCGGCUAUCGAUUAAUCUUUAUGGACUUAGAGAUGCCAAUAUUGAAUGGUUUUAAUGCUUCUAAGGAAGCGCUUAAAAUAAAUCCAAAUCAGAUUAUUAUUGCUUGUUCAGGAUAUACAGAUCAUAAAGAAAGAGAAGAAUGUAAGAAAAUUGGUGUAUUGAAUUAUCUCGUCAAACCUAUUAGAGACCAAGAACUCAACGAUAUUUUAAAGGAAUAUUAUUUUUGA